UUCUCUCCUUGUUCCCGGCUCGGGGGUCGUUGCUGUUAGCGCCAUGUUGUUGUCAGCGGCGGUGCGGGCCGCUGCCUCCUUCUCGGUGAGACACAUCCGCAGCUUGCAUAAAACAGUUGUGCGCAGUGGAGCCGGUGGAGCCUUGUUUGUGCACAGAGAUACUCCUGAAAAUAACCCGGAUAUUCCGUUUGACUUCACACCUGAAAACUACAAGAGAAUAGAAGCAAUAGUAAACAACUAUCCAGAGGGACAUAAAUCUGGAGCUGUUAUGGCAGUACUAGAUCUGGCUCAGAGACAGCAUGGAUGGCUGCCCAUCUCUGUUAUGAACAAGGUUGCUGAAGUCUUGCAAAUGCCUCCCAUGAGAGUGUAUGAAGUUGCAACUUUCUAUACAAUGUAUAAUCGUAAGCCUGUUGGAAAAUACCACAUUCAGAUCUGCACGACUACACCUUGUAUGUUGAGAGACUCUGACGGCAUAUUAGAGGCCAUUAAGAAGAAACUUGGCAUACAAGUUGGUGAAACAACACCUGAUAAACUUUUCACAUUAGUGGAAGUGGAAUGUUUGGGUGCUUGUGUGAAUGCACCAAUGGUACAAAUAAAUGAUAAUUAUUAUGAAGAUUUGACACCAAAAGAUAUUGAAGACAUAAUUGAUGAACUUAAGGCUGGCAAAGUUCCCAAACCUGGACCAAGGAGUGAGCGAUUUUCUUGUGAACCAGCUGGUGGUCUUACAUCUCUGACUGAACCACCCAAGGGACCUGGAUUUGGAGUUCGAGCAGAUCUAUAAGGAUUGAUGUAAUAAAUUAUAAAAUCACAAGUUGUAUGAGAAUAAUAAAACUACUUUCCACUCAUUAAAUGACUAUUA